GGUUUGUUGACUUUGUUAUCCACUUUUGACUCUUCUUCUUCUUCUUCUUUCACUGUCGACCUCGCGUCUACUUCUUCUUUUCUCUUCAUCUUUUUCUCACUGAUUCCCUAUUAUUCGUUGUAGGAUUUAAUCAAGGAUUCAAUUUCCAAUACUUUCGCCUCAGUCUCUAACAAAAAUAAAAUAAAAAAAUGCUCAAGUCCUAAACAAAUGGCGAUUGUCUACUUAAAUCGCAUUUUUCUUUUUCUUCAUUUCCAGCGAUCUAAUAAUGGACUUUUUCACGCCGUCGGCGAUGGAGACGUAGGGUAUGAACUAAAUGGAGCUACGCCGGUGUUUUGAAUUUUGGCUAUUACAACAAUUUGUUUCAGGCGUAACUAAUCCAGGAUAGCUUUUUCCUUUAAAGUUCAAUGGGAAUUCAAAGCUACAUGGAUACAAAAGCUGUAUUGAGAAAGAAAGGAAGGCUUUGUUGGAGCUCAAAGCAUUUCUGAUCCCAUUGAAUGCAGGAGAAUGGAACGACAAUGUUCUUAGUUGGACCAAUGACACAAAGAGUGAUUGUUGCCAGUGGAUGGGGGUUGAGUGCAAUCGUAAAAGUGGGCGGAUUACCAACAUUGCCUUUGGUAUAGGAUUCAUUAUAGAGAACCCUCUCCUAAAUCUUUCUCUGUUGCAUCCCUUUGAAGAUGUUAGAAGUCUGGACUUAUCAUCCUCUCGUUCGUGCGAAGACUGUGGAUUCAGUGGCUUGUUUGAUGACGUUGAAGGUUACAAAAGCCUCAGUAGAUUAAGAAACCUGGAGAUUCUGGAUCUCUCUUCACAUAGAUUCAACAACAGCAUCUUUCCUUUUCUUAAUGCCGCUACAUCCCUUACAACUCUUUUUCUUACGUACAACAACAUGCAUAGCCCAUUUCUUGUUAAAGAAUUCAAAGAUUUAACAAAUUUGGAACAUCUAGACUUGCGUGGAAACAGAUUUAAUGGCUCCAUACCAACACAAGAUUAUAACAGCCUAAGGAGAUUUAGAAAGCUGGAGAUUCUGGAUCUCUCUGAUAAUUUAUUCAAUAGCAGGAUCUUUCCCUUCCUUAAUUCUGCUACAUCACUUAAAUCUCUGUCUCUUUGGGGAAACAACAUGGGUGGCCCUUUUCCUGCUAAAGAACUUAGAGAUUUGACAAACGUGGAACUGCUGGACCUGAGUAGAAACAGAUUUAACGGCUCCAUACCAGUACGAGCUUUAUUUGCCCUGAGGAAGCUGAAAGCCCUGGAUCUAAGCGAUAAUGAAUUUUCAAGCUCAGUGGAAUUGCAAGGCAAGUUUGCUAAAACAAAACCCCUUUCUGGGACUUGCCCAUGGAAAAAUAUGGAAGAGCUCAAACUCAGUAACAACAAACUAGCUGGUCAGUUUCCUCUAUGUUUAACUAGCUUGACUGGACUUCGAGUUCUUGAUCUUUCAUCAAAUCAAUUGACUGGGAACGUACCCUCUGCUCUCGCUAACCUUGAAUCCCUUGAGUACCUAUCACUGUUUGGUAACAACUUCGAAGGCUUCUUCUCACUUGGUUUACUCGCCAACCUCUCAAAACUUAAGGUGCUCAGACUUGAUUCACAAUCCAACUCACUUGAAGUAGAGUUUGAAACGUCUUGGAAGCCAAAAUUCCAAUUGGUAGUUAUUGCGCUACGAUCUUGCAACUUGGAGAAGGUUCCUCAUUUUCUCCUACAUCAAAAGGAUUUGCAUCACGUUGAUCUCUCUGACAAUCAAAUUCAUGGAAAUUUUCCUUCUUGGCUGUUAGAGAACAAUACGAAACUCGAGGUUUUGCUUCUACAGAAUAAUUCUUUUACGAGCUUUCAGCUACCGAAAUCUGCUCAUAACCUGCUUUUCCUGAACGUGUCAGUCAACAAAUUCAAUCAUCUCUUUCUUCAGAACUUUGGGUGGAUACUCCCUCAUUUAGUCUGUGUGAAUUUAGCCUAUAAUGGUUUUCAAGGAAAUCUGCCAUCUUCUCUGGAUAACAUGAAGAGUAUUGAAUUUCUAGAUUUGUCUCACAACAGGUUCCACGGGAAGCUACCAAGAAGAUUUUUAAAGGGUUGUUAUAACUUAACAAUCUUGAAGCUGUCACACAACAAACUAAGUGGAGAGGUUUUUCCAGAAGCAGCCAACUUUACUCGUUUAUGGGUGAUGUCUAUGGAUAACAAUCUGUUUACAGGAAAUAUUGGAAAAGGUUUUCGGAGCCUACCAUCUUUGAAUGUACUUGACAUUUCAAACAACAAACUCACAGGUGUUAUUCCAAGUUGGAUUGGCGAACGUCAGGGAUUAUUCGCACUGCAGCUUUCAAACAACAUGUUGGAAGGUGAAAUACCUACUUCCUUGUUCAACAUAUCCUAUCUUCAGCUACUGGACCUCUCUUCAAACAGGUUAUCUGGGGAUAUACCUCCGCACGUAAGUUCCAUAUAUCAUGGGGCAGUGUUACUCCUCCAAAACAAUAAUUUAUCAGGGGUUAUUCCAGACACACUACUACUGAAUGUUAUUGUACUUGAUCUGAGAAAUAACCGACUGUCUGGGAAUCUUCCGGAGUUCAUCAACACCCAAAACAUCAGUAUUCUUCUUUUGCGGGGGAACAAUUUUACAGGACAGAUUCCUCACCAGUUCUGCAGUCUAAGUAACAUCCAACUUCUGGAUCUUUCCAACAACAAAUUCAAUGGAUCGAUACCAUCAUGUCUUAGCAAUACAUCAUUUGGUUUGAGGAAAGGGGAUGAUUCUUAUAGAUAUGAUGUCCCUUCAAGAUUUGGCACAGCUAAGGAUCCUGUAUAUUUUGAAUCUCUACUCAUGAUAGAUGAAUUUAAUAUGGUCAAUGAAACCAACUCCCAGACGAAAAUUGAAUUUGCAACAAAGCACAGGUAUGAUGCCUACAUGGGUGGAAAUCUCAAAUUAUUGUUUGGAAUGGAUCUCUCAGAAAAUGAGCUGAGUGGUGAGAUCCCGGUAGAGCUUGGAGGUCUUGUGGAAUUAGAAGCUCUCAAUCUUUCUCACAACAACUUAUCAGGAGUGAUACUAGAAAGCUUUUCAGGUCUGAAGAAUGUGGAAAGCCUUGAUCUUUCUUUCAACAGAUUACAAGGUCCUAUCCCACUACAACUUACAGAUAUGAUCAGCCUUGCUGUGUUCAAUGUCUCCUACAACAACUUAUCAGGAAUCGUUCCACAGGGAAGACAGUUUAACACCUUUGAGACACAAAGCUACUUUGGUAAUCCUCUUCUCUGUGGGAAGUCCAUAGACAUAAGCUGCGCGAGCAAUAACUUUCACCCAACAGAUAAUGGAGUGGAAGCUGAUGAAUCUACAGUCGACAUGGAAUCUUUCUACUGGAGUUUUGUUGCAGCCUAUGUGACAAUACUUCUUGGAAUACUUGCAUCUCUCUCAUUUGAUUCUCCUUGGAGCAGAGCUUGGUUCUACAUCGUUGAUGCUUUCGUCCUCAAGGUUAGGAAUAUGUUGUGGCAAAACACUGCAGGUACCAAAUGUUCUUACGUGCUAGUUUCAUUGUCGUCCCCAUCUGUUGUUGUUCUUCUCAAACCUCCUGCUUUGUUUCACAAAACCAGAACAUAACUUAUGUUUUGGUUCCUCUGUACUGUCUUUUGUCUUUAAAUAAAUGUAAUGCCUCAAACAU